CAGCCCGUGCUCCCGUUUCACUCAAAGAUGGCGUCGGCUCCGGAGCCCCUGGUCUCUGGCUGCGUUUUAAGCCUUGUUGUUGUCUCCGUUCGGCUCGGUUUCGGAACCUUCUCCACGGCGGAUCGACACCAAUUCCCGGGUGUGUCCAUUAUCGAAGUGCAGUAAGCAUGAAGCUGAUCAACCUGGGCUGCUCCCUGGGGUGAGAGAUUUGUUCUGUCCCAGAGGUGUGAAGCGCUGACUGACUGUUGGAAGAGAAAAAGACAAGCCUAGAGUGAGAGUGAAGACAAGGGAAGGUGGAUGCAGAGCAAAAAACUCUCCAUAUCCUGGAUUCAUAUGAUCCACAGGAACGCCCCCCCCCCAUGUUUAUCUUUCAACUUCUACCUUCAUCUUUGGCGGACCAAUUCCUGGUUUCAUAACUCUCAUUGAGAGUUGGAUGAUUGUCCACUAACAGUAAACCGACUCAACAGGUUCAUUCUGUAUUGUUAUUUGCUCAUUGUUGGAUACAACUUCAUCUUGUCAGCAAUGCCCUCAUUGUGCAGAUCUGUUUGGAUUUUUUAUUUUUGUUUUGUUUUUUAAGUGUCUGAUUGGUCUGAUACUUGUCCUUUUCCCCUGCUUUCUCCCAGGGAGCUUUACCUGGCUGGGAGAAGGUGGUGGGUGGGCCAUAUUUUACCAGGUAGAGAGUUGGCUGAAGAGGUUUAUGCUAUGGUCAGCUGUUCAGUACCGUGUUGCUCAUGCCCAGAUUCUGAGGGACUCCCCGUGCGGCCCCAGGAUAAAGGAUAGUAAGCAUAUAGAGGGCAAGGAGGAGUAAGAGGAGGCGGCGCUUCGGCGCAGGCCGGGCAUUUCCUUGGCUUAAAUUCCCACUUUUUUGUGUACAGUCAUAGCGGUAAGGUCUUGGGACCACCGCACCCUCCCAGACAGCAGUCAUGGUGAAACUGGCCAACCCAACAUACACCCAAUGGAUCCUAGAGGCCAUCAAGAAGGUGAAAAAGCAGAAGCAGCGACCCUCAGAGGAGCGUAUUUGCAAUGCAGUAAAUAUGUCCCAUGGUCUUGACCGCAAAACUGUUCUGGAGCAGUUGGAGCUCAGUGUCAAGGAUGGUACCAUUCUUAAAGUCUCUAACAAAGGUCUCAACUCAUACAAGGACCCAGACAAUCCUGGGCGUUUGGCUUUGCCCAAGCCUCGCAGUGGGGGUAAUAAUGCUGGAGGAGGAGGCGGCGAUGGUGGCGGCAGCAGUAGUGGCGGCGGCGUUGGCAGCAGCACUGCCAGUGGAGGAGGUGGUGGUAGUUCUUAUUCCCAUUCGGGGAAGAAGCCUGGACUAGACUGGAACAAGUUGAUAAAACGGGCACUGGAGGGGCUCCACGAGGCUGGCGGUUCCAGUUUAAAGAACAUUGAACGCUUUCUCAAGUGUCAGGCCGACGUGGCUUCCUACCUGUCAGGCAGUGGCUCCAUGGGACCCGGCCUCUUCCACCAGCAGUUAAGGGUAGCUCUAAAGAGGGCUGUAACUCAUGGCCGUGUGACUAAGCAGGGUCCUCUCUUCCAACUUAUUAGUCGCAGCAUUUCCCAGGAUGAUGGGACUGGAACAGUGUCUCUGGAGUCGCUGCCACCUGUCCGUCUGUUGCCCCAUGAGAAAGACAAGCCGGUGGCAGAGCCCAUUCCCAUCUGCAGCUUCUGUCUGGGGACCAAGGAGCAGAAUCGGGAUAAGAAGCCAGAAGAACUCAUCUCCUGUGCCGACUGUGGAAACAGUGGCCACCCAUCCUGUCUCAAGUUUUCCCCAGAGCUCACGGCGCGGGUAAAGGCACUGUGGUGGCAGUGCAUCGAAUGCAAGACCUGCAGCAGCUGUCAAGAUCAAGGGAAGAAUGCGGACAACAUGUUGUUUUGUGACUCCUGUGACCGGGGCUUCCACAUGGAAUGCUGCGAUCCUCCACUUACACGGAUGCCAAAAGGCAUGUGGAUUUGUCAAAUCUGCCAACCCAGGAAAAAAGGGAAGAAGCUUUUACACGAAAAGGCGGCACAAAUCAAGCGACGCUACAAUGCACCACUCGGACGGCCCAAAAGCAGGCCAGGGCGGCCCUUCAAGAAGCUCAGUGGGCGUGGUCGACGGAAGCGCUCUGUGUCUGCUAAUUCAUCCUCCAGCUCUUCCUGCGAAGGUUAUCCCGGGGAUGACCGGCUGCUUUUCUCAAUGCACGAUGAUGAUGACUUGACGCAGAGUGGGCUGCGCUUUAACAACAAGACCAAGGGCCUAAUCGAUGCACUCACAAAGUUCUUCACGCCAUCACCUGAAGGCCGAAAGGCUCGCCAGGAAGUGGUCGACUACUCACAACAGUGCCGCAUUCGCAAGAAAGCCAGUCGGAAGGGAGAUGGAGAUGACAGAGUGGACAAUCAGGAGGGCAGCGACUGGCGUGAUGAUGACGACAAACUGCCUGGUCAUGAGAAUCUGACAGAAAAAGAUAUUGAACUCUUCAGACGCAUUCAGGAGCUGGCGCUACAGAAAGUCGGGGUUACUGGUCCACCAGACCCCCAGAUGCGCUGUCCGUCAGUGAUAGAGUUUGGCAAGUUUGAGAUCCAGACUUGGUAUUCAUCUCCUUACCCACAGGAGUACAGCAGACUGCCCAAGCUCUACCUGUGUGAGUUCUGCUUACGAUACAUGAAGAGUCGCAGCAUCCUCUAUCAGCACAUGAAGAAGUGCAGCUGGUUUCACCCUCCUGCUAAUGAGAUCUACAGGAAAGAUGACGUCUCAGUGUUUGAGGUCGAUGGGAAUGUGAGUACCAUCUACUGUCAGAACCUGUGUCUGCUGGCCAAACUGUUCCUGGACCACAAGACCUUGUACUAUGACGUGGAGCCUUUCCUUUUUUACGUCCUUACUCAGAAUGACAACAAAGGUUGCCACCUCGUCGGUUACUUUUCAAAGGAGAAGCACUGUCAACAGAAAUACAACGUUUCCUGCAUCAUGAUUCUUCCACAGUACCAGCGCAAGGGUUACGGACGCUUUCUCAUCGACUUCAGCUAUCUGUUGUCCAAACGUGAGGGUCAACCAGGCUCUCCAGAAAAGCCACUGUCAGACUUGGGUCGCUUGUCGUACAUGGCUUACUGGCGCAGCGUGGUGCUCGAGUGUCUCCAUGAAGUCCGUGACCAGCAGAUUACCAUUCGACAUCUUAGCAAACUGACUGGCAUCUGCCCUCAGGAUAUCACCACCACAUUGCACAACCUCAACAUGCUGGAGCAGCGAGGGGAAAGGCUGCUACUGGUGCGACGAGAAAAGUUGGUGUCUAGCCAUAUGGCACGGCUCAAGGCCCGGCCUCGACUUCUGGAGGUUGAUCCCGAGUGUCUACGGUGGACGCCUGUCAUUGUGACCAACACUGUCGUCUCUGAUGCCGAUGGAGAUGACGACAGUGAAGGAGACAAUGAGGAGCCAGAGGAAGACCACCACAAGGAGGUCAAACCAAGUCACAAGGUCCCACCGUUGUCUUGGCAGUCGCGUCCGGGAAAGGAGAGGGAGGAAGAGGAAGAGAAAGAAAGAAAAUGCUUCCUUGGUUUUCCCAUCAGCCAAAAUUUACCAAUGUGCCCUCCUGUCCGAUGUCCACCCCCUGUUCCAGAACCACCACAGCUCCCUCCUUCAACCAAUGGAGAACGCAGACCACGUGGGCGCCCUCCUAAAAACUGGCCUUGGGGCAAGGUGAAGGACAGUCCGAGAGUUGGCCGCCCACCUAAGAUCCACCAAGGAGAAGACGACGACGAAGAUGGUGAAAGGACAGAGGCGGGGAAAACUGAGUCUGUCAACAGCCCACCUUCCCUUUUCUCCAUGGACAGACAAACAGAGACCAAAUCCUUUCACCCUCUUGAGAUGGCCAGGCACCCCUCUAUAACUCCCACACGAAGAAGACGCCCCCCCAGGAAAAAGAGAGGCCCUAAGCCCAGACUGCGGGAAGGACUUGAAGAUGAGCUGACCGAACUUCCCACAGUGCCCAGGAUGAAUGAGCCUUUGCCCAUCAGGAAAAGUUCCUUUAGCGAAAGUAGCGAGGAAGAGGAUGACGACGAUGAGGAAGAGGAUGACGAGAGGAGGGCUUGCUCUUCACCCAUCCUCACCAAACCUGCCAUGGGCCUCAAAUGCAAGAAGCCUUUGAGGAAGCGGCGCAUUCGCCAGCGUAGCCACCCUCAUAGCAGCGUGGUGACGGAGACCAUUUCUGAGACCACAGAGGUGCUGGAUGAGCCCUUUGUUGACUCUGACUCAGAAAGGCCUAUGCCUAGACUUGAGGAAGAAUCACCACUGGCUCACCCACUGCGACGCUACCCUCCAGCCCGCUCUGCCUUGAGGUUGUCAGACCCAGCACCCAAAAGGAGCCGGCACUCCAACCUCACAGAUUCUGAGGAAGAUGAGCUAACCCCUGUGCUGAAGCCCGUGGCUGCUUUGCCGGCAGCUCCCUCAGAAACCCUUAACUCUGAGGGUCCAGUCAAGAAAAAGAAAGGAUGGCCCAAAGGAAAAAGCCGUAAGCCAUUACACUGGAAGAAAAGGGGACCUGGUCGGCCACCGGGCAGCGGGCAGAACCAGCGAACAGCCACAGAUAGCCAGGCCCAAACUGGCGAUUGUCCAGCUCCCAAAAUAAAGAUGAAGCCUGGCCGCAAGCCACGAAGCUGGUACCUACAACGGGCCCAAGAGGAAGCCGAGAGGCAAGAGCACGACAGACGAAAGCUGUUGGAGGAGCAGCAGGAUAAAGAUCCUCAGAUCCAUCAGGCGGAUGAAUGCAGCAACAAGCGAAUCUGCAGAUCGAGUACUGAGAGAGACAAGCAGAAAGACUCUGAUGAAGAUGAUUAUCUCUCCAAACGUGUGGAGCAAAAGAUCCCUAAAAGGCGAGGGAGGCCACCUAAGAACCCCGCCCUCCGUCAACCCCCGCAGCCUGUUCCCAAACCACCUCCCAAUUCAGAACCAGAGGAGGAAGAUGAAGAGACAGAAAGGACCUGGGAAGAAGACAAACCAAGCUGUCCACCAUCUCGCCCCCUGCUCUCUCCUUCAUCUUCCUCUUUUACCUCAGGGCCCCGGGCCCCACAAUCCAGACCUCAGGACACAGACAUGGGUGAGAGAGAAGAUGAGGAUGAUGAUGAGGAGAGGGAGGAAGAAGAAUGUGGAAGCACAGGCAGUGGUGGUGGUGGAAUCAGCAGGCGACCGGCUGUCACUCCAGGUUCGGGAAGUAGGCGCAGUGAGGAUCACGACGCUGAUGAUGAAGGUGAUGGACAUUUGGAGGACAAGAGCAGCAGCAGCAGCAAUAAGAAGAGAAAAAGUGAGGACUCUAAUGAUGAUGAUGAAGAUGAAGAGGAGGAGCAGCCUGCCUCUCGUACCAGCUCUCCUCCAGUCAAAGAGGAACCUCAAGUAGGAGAAGCUUUUUUAGGCAUGGAGAACAGCGUGGCUCGGGAUUAUGUCAGCAAGCAGGAGGAAGAGGAGGAGGAGGAAGACCCAGCUGAUGAGGAAGCGCAGGAGACAAAAUGUCAGCCUUCUUCCACACCUGACCCACAGCAAGAGGAGAGGCGGCGAAGGGAGCAAGAGGAAUCUGCAGCAACAGCUGCCGCAGUAGAAACUGUUACUGCCAUGUCUGUUCCUUCCGAACCCAUGGAGCUGCAGCCUCUAGACCCAGACGACAAAGCUGUCACGCUGUUGAUUGAACCCCAACAUCCACACUCACACACUCACCAGCACUCGGACUUCAAAGAAGAGCUGGGCCACAAUCACCCGCAUCACGCCCAUCACCACUCCAAUGAGCUGGACUUGGAGACUGUGCAGGCCGUCCAGUCCCUGACACAAGGGGAAGCCCAGGAUGAUGACUCUGAGUCCCACCCACCGCACGGAGCUUACCAGGACUGCGAGGAGACCUUGGCUGCCUGCCGCACACUGCAGAGUUACAGCCACACGGGGGAGACUGAGGAGGAGGCCUUGGCUUUGGUGGAAGAAUGUGGGGCUUCCCAGCACAGCAGCCCCCUCCCCAAUCCCCCUAUGCCACCGUUGCCGAGUCAGUCUGUUCACUCGGUCAGUAGCCCAGGGUUACCCUCUGGCAUCAUGGACACACCAGCAGGACAAGGGGGAGGGACUCCCGGACCCACUGGAGCAGGGGGCAAUGGGGCAGGACCCGGAGGAGGGUACACUCAAAUCACACCAGAGCAUCCAAGUUCUCUGUCGGCUCCUUCCCAGCAGAACAUGGAGACUUCACCCAUGAUGGACGUUCCUUCUGUGUCAGAUCACUCUCAGCAGGUGGUGGAUAGUGGCUUCAGUGACCUGGGCAGCAUAGAGAGUACUACAGAGAACUAUGACAACCCCAGCAGCUAUGACUCCACCAUGGGUGGCGGGGGAAAUGGAACAGGGAAUGGGGGAAAUGGAGGAGGAAUGUCUGCUGCUGUAGUGGCAGGAGUUUCCACAGCUUCUUCAUCAUCAGCUUCUUCUUCAUCCACCUCAGCCACGCCAUCUUCUCAGUCUAACAGCUGCUCAUUUGUUCCAGCCCCAUCCCUAACAUCUUCGACAGGAACUGGGGGAUCCCAGCUACCUAUGGGAAGCUGCAGCCUCAUCCAACAAACGGGACCAGGGCCAAAUACUGGAACAGGAGCCAGCAAUGUUGGCAGUGCUGGGCCACAGCCCCCGCCACCCCCACCACCAUCCAACACCCCCAGCUGUGGCAUCAAGUCACCCCAGAGCUGUGGUGUGAUCGAGAGGCCUCCCAGCACUAAUCAGCAACAGCAGCAAUCCCAGAAGAAGCUGCCUCAGCAACAACAGCAACAGGCUGCCAACUCCCAGCCUCAACCGUCAGCCGUGCCACCACAGCAGCAGCAACAGCCGUUGUCCCAAUGUAGCAUGGGAAAUGGUUUUGCCUCCACGCCCAUGAUCAUGGAAAUCCCUGAGAGUGGAAGUGGAGGAGGCGGGCGCACCCUGUAUGAGCGUAUGGGUCAGGACUUUGGUACAGGGGCAUACCCCCAGCCCUCUGCAACCUUCAGCCUGGCCAAGCUCCAGCAACUCACCAACACAAUCAUGGAUCCCCAUGCCAUGACCUACUCUCAUUCGGCAUCUGUCACCUCCUAUGCCACAAGUGUUUCUCUGUCUAACCCUGGGCUGGCCCCUUCACCCCACCCUCCUUUGCCUCAGGGCCAACCUACGAUGACCCCACCACCCAACCUUAGCUCUGGCUCCAUGAACCUUGGCUCACUGCAACUGCAGUGUAACAUGCCCACCACUAAUAUUGGUCUGCCUCCCCCCCCACACACACAGCGGCUACAGGGCCAGAUUCCCACAGUCAAAGGUCAUAUUUCCAUCAGGUCCAAAGCUACCCAGCAGCUGGCACCAGCCCCACAUCAACAGCAGCUCUAUGGCCGCAGCUCGGGGGCUGUAGCCAUGCAGGGCACGCCUCGCACCUUGGCCGUGCAGCGCGGCAUGAUGCCAAACCUCAUGCCUACGCCAGCUGCAUACAAUUCCAUGAACAUGACACCUCUUAACGCCAUGUCAGCUGGGUACAGAAUGGCUCAACCAAUGAUGAACAGUGGUUACCACGGCAACCCCGCUUACAUGAAUCAGCCGGCUCAGUACCCCAUGCAGAUGCAGAUGGGUAUGAUGGGAGGACAGGGUUACCCACAACAGCCUAUGCAGCCCAACCACCACGGCAACAUGAUGUAUACCGGCCCCUCCCAUCACAGUUAUGCUGGUGUCCCCAAACAGUCACCUUAUAUGAGCAGAUGAGCCACAGAGAACUUUAAAAAGGAGGCAUGGGGCCAAAGCUGAUACUCGCUGUACUUAAAAUGUGCAUUAGUCCUGUUCACCCUCUCUGAUGCUGCAGCAGGCACUAAGGAGAGGAGCUGAUUGGACAGAGUGAAAGUCUUGGGGUUUCCUGGGAGGAGUUUUUAUGUCAUUUUUGUCCCUUUUCAUUUGGGCUCAUUUCCCCUUGCUCCCCCACUGGUUGCGUUUGGAAGCACGUCAGUAGUCCUGGAGUCGAACGUAUGUACGCAGACCUCGGCUGAGCAGUGGUGCUUCGGGCCAGGCCUAGAGUCCUCUGUGACAUGGAUUUACAGAGGCCCAAGAGUCAUGUCCUAUCUGUGCGCAGGAGGACGGGUUGAUGAUGAAACGCAGAGAAAGAGACUAUGCAGGUGUAUCUUGCUUUGUUGAUGGGACAGUGAUGAACGGUGAUAAACUGAUUAUAUUCAACCAUGCACACAAUCUUUUAAUUGACAUAGGAAGCCUUACCUUAAAAAAGACAAUGAAACAUUGUAGGUGGACUCAUUUUGUUAAUGUUAAAUAUUUUAUUUUUGUUAUUUUUGUGUUUGUUUUGAAAUGCUCUUGUGCAGUCCAACCUCUUAUAUGCUUUGGUCUUUAUAUAUGUGGCAUUCUGGAAUGGUGAUGCACCCUGUUGCUCUCUCAGAAAUACCCUCAACACUCGGUCAGAUGGCUUUUAAUCUAGUUCCAGAUUGCAGGGCCUCCUGUGUUCUAGGUGAACUGUUUCCACAGUCUCUGUCUUCCCAGAUAUGGACCAUGUUGUAAUCAAAAAGCAGCAAAGAAACAGAGGAGGACUGUGUUACUAUUAUAUGUCCAUAAAUACAAGUAGCAUUAUUUUUCAGUUUGCUACCACGCUGAAAAAGUUGAGAUGUAAAUAUUCUGGUACUUCCGAAUAUCCAGCAGUCUACAGCUACACACCGGCUAGCCGUCGCCCUUUAAUGGCUAGCGCAGGAAAGUACAAUAUUCAGUCCACACUCCAGACAGACGCUGUCCAGAGUUGGCCAUGUCCAGAGUUUAAGGGUCGCAGAACAAACAGUGGAACUUCAUUUAACUGCUUUAAGGAAAGUCAGUUAACAGGAACUGCCUUCCCCUCUCUAAGUGUUAAUGACCCAAAGAGGUUGAGGUGUCUCAAACUGGUCAGAUCAGUUUUUUUUCUCCUGCAAAAUUCUGCACUCCUGUUGGCUAGAAAUAGGCUGGUAGACAGUUGGCCUUUCUGAAAGGUGUGCCUAAACGCCUGACCUAGUCCAGAGUUCCGACCCUCACAAAGAGGCACGUGUAAAAGCAGGGUCAGAGCUUCGAGAUGGCGUAUGAGGUCCUGAUGCUGUUCAGACUGCAGGUGCAGAAAGGUUGUCCCUGUUGCUCCAUGCACUAGUAUUCAAUGUAAAGCGUUUUUGUUUUAGUAUUGGAUUAUUAUUAUUUUUCCACCUUUUAUCUUACAGGCCUGGCUUUGCAUACUUUGUGUGUAUGGUUCUGAUCUGUACUUGUGUUUUUUGUUUUUUUUUUUUCUGAAUUUUAUCAGACUGGGCAGCUUUCUUUUAUGACACAAGCUGACUCUUUUUGACUUUAGAAGACCUAUUGUAGAGAAAAUGUUUUUUCUAUAAUAUAAAAAGAAAUUCUGACAUUGAUAUUGGUACUGUCAUUUUUUCCCCCCCCACUUCUGUUUCAGGAGGAAAAAACAAAAAUGAAACAAUACAUAUUUUUUAGCUCGUCUUGGGUAAUAAAUACUAAAAUUCAAAACUUAAAAAAAUUACCGCUCAUUUUUAGUGACUUUAAGAUGCCUUUAACCUCUCCAUUCCAUGUCAUCUCUAGAGUUUUUCUAUCUUUGUGUAGUAUAUUAAUGCUAUUUUAAACAAAAAGGACUACAAAUAUCUAAAGGUCACUUGCCAUUUUUUUCCUCUUUUUUUUUGUGUGUGUGUAUGUAUAGGAUGACUUCCUUACAAUUUAAGAGGCAUGUAAAAAUGAGCUCAAUAUAUUUCUGUCUGUUUAUAUCGCUUCCCUUUUUGUAUUCUUUGUACAUGUUACGUUGUAUGCUAUGAGAGCAAAAUAAAGUGAGACGGCUGGGCGCACAGUGAAGGUUGAAAUGCGCUUGGUGGCCUCAACUCUGCCCUGGCCCUGUAUGUAUUUCCAUUUAUUCUUUUUUUUUUUUUCCUUUCUUAGCAAGUACUUUCAAAGAACUCUGUACAUUUUAACACAAAAUGAAAAUAAAUUAUGUUGAGUCA